CAUUUUUUUCUUCAAACGCAGAGAACUACGAGAGAUGAAUCGCGUUGUGGUUCGGUCGACUUGGUCGUUUAUAAGAUGAUGUGUUUAAAAAAGAAACUAAAUGUAUCCGUUUGUGUACCCCGCCUUAAAAUGCGCUGAUUUACAACACGUUGCCGAGUCGAUUGUUCUAUUCUUGGCGGUUUGCCGUGCAUGUAAAAAUCAUGAAAACCUACGGAUAUGGGCGCUUCUACCAGCAAAUUUAAACCUAAAACGAACAAACAUCAUACGUACAUAGCUGGUAAACCGUCGUCUCCGGGAAAACCGACGCUAAAAUUCGAUCCGGAGAAUUCUGAUCCGGACAUUGUCACUAUUAAAUGGGAUCCGCCGUUGUUUGAUGGUGGCUCGAAAAUAACCGGUUACCUGGUCGAGCAUCGACGCACCGGAUCACCGCAUUGGGUGAAAGCAUCGCCAAUUAAAGUACGCCAUACACAAUUGACUAUUAGUGGUUUAGAACCUGGAUGGAGGUACCAGUUCAGAGUUACUGCAGAAAAUGCUGUCGGAUACUCGGAUCCUAGUCCAUUAUCAGAACCUUUGGCUGUGUUUGUACAUCGGUCUGCAGCCAUAGCGCCGUACUUUAUCACUGAAUUAGACGACAUAAUUGUCCUUGAAAAUGAAAAGGUAGAGUUCAACGUCACUUUUGAGGGAGUCCCAACUCCUAAAAUAUCUUGGUAUAAAGAUGGCCUGGAAAUAUUCAGCAACCGAUGUCAAAAAAUCAGCACCGAAGGUAACGUUAGCACGUUCUUUAUUUACGAAGCCUCCAUAGCUGAUGAAUCAGAAAUAAAAUGCAGCGCAACAAAUCGAGUCGGAUAUGCGGUGACAAAAGCCUACUUAAAAGUAGAAGCGCCUCCGACUAUUCGUCUACCACGCCAGUACGAUGAAGGGUUAAUUUUCGAAGAAAGUGAAAUAAUUCGAUUAAAAGCAUCGGUGGUCGGUCAACCCCAACCUUUCAUAAAUUGGUAUUUCAAUGGCGAACGAAUAACGAUGUCGAAUCGAUAUGAUAUCGAGUACGCAGAUAAAACCGCCAUACUCAAAGUGCGAGAUGCGCAGAGAUGUGAUCGAGGAGAAUAUCAAAUUCAAGCCAUUAACGAAUUAGGGGAAGAUGUAGCCUCUAUAAUGGUUACCAUAGCAAAUAAACCGCAACCACCUGGUAAAAUCAAUGUCAGCAACAUCUUUGGGCGAUCGGUUACACUGACAUGGCAGAAACCAGAAGAUGACGGAGGUUGUAAAAUUGGCUCUUAUAUAAUAGAAUAUUAUAAGACUGGAUGGAAUGUUUGGCUCAAAGCAGCCACUUGUCGUCAACUCACAACGACGCUUGACGAUUUGAUUGAAGGAUCUCAAUAUAAAUUUAGAGUAAAAGCAGAAAAUCCGUACGGAGUUAGCGAGCCUAGUCCAGAGACCGAAGAAAUAUUCAUUCCUGACCCAAAACGAGGACUUUACGAAGCACCAAAAACAGCUCACAGCACAGAUUGUUAUAUAUCUGAAUUUCACGAACCGUUUCCCCCAAUUAAUCAAAACGCACACCACAGCGCUGAUUUCAUCAUAGAUCGAGAUAAACUCCAACCACCUGUUAAACCGAAACGGAAAUACAAAGGGAAGAAACUUCAAGAACAAGAACAGAAGUAUCAAGAUGAGCCAUUACCUAUGCAACAAGAUGAUAUUUCGAGAUCCUAUUACAUCAAUUCUCGAGCUCAGUUUACACCAUCUCCUCCACUUUCUUCAAAUCUAGACGAUACCUCUAGAACAAGUUCUGAACUGAUGCUAGUUCUGGUGCCGAGCAAUGAGGAUUUACCAAACAAUACAGGUUCAUUGGACUUCAAAAACUUUUCCAAACAUUUCCCUAGCACAUCAAUUGCACCACCCAUGUCAUUAUCAGCACCAGAACUAGGCAGUGAGAUGUCAUUUUUCAAUCCUUUGCAGAGGAACUGUGUCAGCUCAACGGAACUGUUGCAUGAAAGCACCAUAGCUCGUUUUUACGAAGAUAUGCAAAAAGAAGACAACUUGAAAGCUUUCCAAGAAAAGCUCAAAAUUCCUCCUUUAACCAAUAAGCUCCUGAAUCAGGUUCAAUCAAAAGCUAAACAAGAACUAAAACCAGAAAUAAUUCAAAAUCUGAGCAGAAUUGAAGAUAUCAGCGAUACUUCCGAUACAGAUAUCGUGGAACCUGUGCAUUAUUCGCCCAUCAGACCGGAUCGAUUUUCACCUCAAACAAGACGCGAUCGAUCUCCAUCACAAACAAAACAUGAUCAGUCUCCAAUACAUGCAAGACGUGAUCAAUCUCCAUCACAAAUACAGCCUAACCAAUCUCCAUCUCCAAUUCAAUCCAGAGCCUCGUUUUCCAAUGACAGACAAAACAUCAAACAAAUACCUCCUAUUACAUUACCUCAAAUAUCAAAACCUUCGGUAGAAUUUAACCCGGGCAGAUAUUCGCCCACAAGUGGAACAUUCCAUUAUCCGGAUUUGUUCAUGGAGAGUUUGAGCAAAUCGCCGAAAUUCAAACCGACAGCCGACAGCAUGUACGACGUAGCCAACGAAUUAAUCUACAGGAAACCUAUCAAAGUGGAGAGUCAUCCAUUCGAUCAGCACAGGCCAUCAUUGCCAGAAAUCAAACUCACCGACGAAAAUAAUUUCGAUUACGAUAUUGCCGAUGGCGAGAACCCUUAUUCAUCCAGUUCCUCCGUAGAUGAAGAUCCGCAUCCUCCCAGUCCUGUACUAAGCAACACACGAUUUGCUCAUUCUCGAAGUAGAGAUCGAUUAUCACCCUCUUCCGAUGGUAGAUAUCCAUCAACAUCAUCCAUGAAUGACUAUCUACAUGAAUCUGGUAACGAUUACGAAUACCCAGAAGAAUACUGGGAUCAAGAAGACAGCGAAACUGAAGAUAGUGAAGAUAACACUGAUAAUUACGAAGACGAGGAUGACGACGAGAAUGAAACUUACCACCCUGAUAUGGUGCUUUCAUUCGAAAGAGCUUUGGAGAUAUCCAAUCCUACCAAAUAUCGAAGUGUGUCCCCUACAAACGAUAUGUUCUUAGAAUCAGACAGUAGUAAAUUCGGUCUACAUUAUUUUAAUAAAAAUUACAUCGAUAACGAAGACUCAGAUGGCAGCUACGAUACAAAAUCCAAAACUGGAUCUGAAAAACCUCCAAAAUCUAUUCUCAAAUGUCAUCGAUUCUCCGAACAGGAAGAACUCGCCAAUAUUCCCACCAUACAACCAUCCCUAUCAAAAUCUAAUUCUACCAAAAAACAAGUCCGAAUCGAAGAACCUUAUAGAAUCGCUCCAAAGAAAUCAACUGAGGAGCCUGAUCGUGACCCUUCCAAGGUAAUCAUCAAUCAUUACAGUGAUAUCGUUAAACAAUACGGUUACGUGCAGAAACCUCCUACUAAAGUUUACCUCACCUAUGACGAGCUCAAAGCUGCAGCUCAACUGACCGAUGACUCCGAAUUUGCGGAUAAAAAUACACCUCGAGAAGACGUAGGUGGUAAAAUCGAACAUCACGAUAAUGCAUCUGAAUACGUUCCAACAACAAGCUCGGAAGCUCAACCAAAUUUCAACACAGAAGUAGAAAAGGUCAAGAAUAAGGUCCACUUUGUUUUUGAUUUUUUCAUAGACAUCGUUAUGUUUGCAUUUGCUUGCUGGCUGUAUUGUUUCAAAGAUGAACGUUUGGCUGUUCCGGUUAUCGGUCUAAUGAUAUAUCGUCAGGUGUAUGACAAAAUUAAAGAUAAAUUACCCUCGUUUAAUUUAUGGAGCAAAAAGAAAUCAUGAUCAUCUUUACAGAUCUGUUAAUAUUGACGCUCUUUUGUGAAAAAUUAAUUAUUUCCCCGAUUUUUAUUACGAAUAUAAUGUAAAUUAUUAAUAUAGAAAAAUGAAACGAAUCGUUUCAUUUUUCAUGUGAUGUGGUAGAAGUCGUAAUUGAACAUGGCAUAGGUGUAAUUAUGUAGGUAGGUAUACGUUGAUAUGAUGAGCUACUCUAUACUUUAUUGUAAAGAUUUUAAUAAUACAUACAUGCCGAUGUCUCUUAAAAUUACCUAAUUUAAAUCAUAAGUCUAUGUACAAUUGUACAUUAUUCAGUAUACAUACGAAUAUAGUUUAAGUUAUUGUCCUUAAUGUUGCUAUUAAUUGAACGAAUAAAAUUUUGUAUGGAGAUA